AUGGUUCACAAGAUCCUUUUCUGGGCCGGCUUCGGCAUCGCUACACGAUUUGUACAACUGGGCAUUGAAAUGAGACCGUUCUUCCAACGCGGUGCGUUAUGGGUUUAUCCGUUGUUUGCGGGAAUUGGAGGGUCGUUCGGCUACUGGAUGCAGGGGGUGGAGGAGCGACAGCACAAGAUGCUUCAGCAACGGAAAGAGCUUUUGAUUGAGAAGAGGAGGCGGAGAGCCGAGCGUGAAGCUGCCACAAGCAACUCUGGUGAUACCGAGACUGUGGGCGUGCUGGCUGCGACGAGUUAA